GGCAACUUUUUUUUAAAACGCUGGCGGUGAAAGACAGGUGUGAGUGACUCUUUCCUCAGUAUCAAUCUGUAUUCACAGUCAUGUAACAUCAGAUCGACCAAUGUUUACAAAAAAUAAAUGCAUGCUUACUUUACACAAUCACAGGUUAAAAUUCACAGUAAACACAGUUGAUUAUUUGUCUGUCGUGUGCUUUGUUUCAGAAGAGAAAUGUCGAAGUUUUAUGGACCUGAUACCUGAAGAUGAAAAAGGCAAUAAAAUGAAAUAUGUUUAAUAUCUUUUAAAACAUUUGUCUGUGUCUAAACUGAGUUUAUUGUGCGUGUGCAGGAAUCCUGUGGCUCUGUGUUGGGAUGGAGUUGUUUUAUAUCGGCCUCUUGUGCGUCAGUUCAGUUCUGUUGUUACUUCAGUUGGGUUUGUCCACCUGGUUUCCACUCCAACAGCGUUGGGGUCACUUACUGAACGCAUUUGCUGCAGUCUGUACGGUACUCGGAGGGUUGGUGGGAAUGGUGGCUCAUAUGAUGUACAUGCAGGUUUUCCUGGUGACUAUAUCUCACGGUCCUGAAGACUUCAAACCUCACAGCUAUGGAUACUCGUGGGCGUUUUACGUUGCUUGGGUGGCGUUCACCUGCUGCAUGUCUUCUGGAGUUUCCACACUCAACAACUACACCAAGAAGUUUCUGAUGGUUGGACCAAAACAUAAAAGUGUUUUUUACCCCUGCAAAAACUUCACCUACCCUCCCCAAUCUCCUCUUCUCUCUCCUCUCUCUCCAUAUGUCUCUUCUCCUCUGCCACCUCCUCCAACUUGUCCCGCCCCUCUCUCGCCCUCUCUAUCUCACCUCCAGUCGACGUCGUGCCCCCCUACACCCCUCCUUCUGUCUCCUGUGAGUUUGACAUCAUCUUACUGCUCACAUGAGGAGUUCAGUUCGCUCUGAUCCACGCACCGCUACUGUAGAGUUCCUGGGCCGUCUGGCUAAUCUUUAGUCCGGGCCACAAUCAUGAGCGGACUGGGACAAAAAAUCGGCCCUGGCAUUUUGGACCAGACUGGGCCCUCAUCCAAUAACGCACACAAUUUCUGUCUUUUUGGUCUCUUGAAUGUGUUCGUAUUACCAACCAAGACAUAAAACAAGGUCAAAUCUGAGGCUUUGACUCUCCGUUCUGUUUGUCAGAUCUGAGGGUGAAGAUCUCUCACUAAGUUUUAUAAAUCAUUAUCGAGAACAAAUUAAUUUACUAAACCUACCAGAACAGCAAAAAAUUUAACCAAUUGUGUGGACGGACUUUGUUAACAUGAGAAAAAAAAACACAGGUCUAUUUAUGGAUACACUGUUUUUGGAUGUACUGUCCUAAAUCAAAGCUAAUUUUGUCUAAACAAAAGGGAACAAAUGAAAAAAAAAAUAUAUAUAUAAUUGAUUGGAAUUCUGCUUAGCUCUGUAAAGUGAUUGACUGGAAUUCACGUUCAUCUUAACAAAAACUCGAUUUCUUUCAUUUGAUUGGUUAAAAAUCUUGCUCGGCCGUGUAAUUCGAUUGGUUGGGAGUUAUGUACGAUGGCUUCUGUGAACAAAAACUCCAGCUUUCUUUCAUUUUGAUUUGUCAACAUUUUGACACUGUAAAUUUGUCAGUGAAGAAAAUGGUCGAUGGGCCGCAGAGCGCGUGUCAAGGCCGGUGGUUGAUCUUGUGCUAUAUAUAUAUAUAUAUAUAUAUAUUUGAAUGUUUGCAGUAAUUUUUCCACCCAAGCAUGUUCAGACACAAAACGUUCCCGGGUCAGUAUGGUUGUCUAACAGUGGCGAUUGAAUAUUCCUGUAUGAUGUUGCUGUUCUGAAACGGUCACUCAUCUGUUGCCUGGCUACAAGUUUCUUUCUGUAGCUGGUAAAGUGUGUUAUUUGAGCAAAGUAAACACAAAUCAGGUAAAAUGUAGUCCUUAAAUAAAAGGUCAUCCUACAUAACACGCUUUUUAUUAACAUUGCAUACCGGAUGUAAAUUCUUGCUUUACCAAGGCAAUGACCAAUUUCCUUGAAAAAUUCACCAAUAAUCGCAGCGCUCGGUUGGAUCAGCACAGAUCGGUUUGCCACGGCAGUGGUCUGUAAAUUUAAAGAACUACACAAUAUCCUUUACAUUAUCAGCUUGUGUAUCUUUCUACACACAUAAGCUGUCACCAUUUAAAAUGAAAAUUCAUGUGAUUUAUACAACAACAUUAAAGCUUUCUAAAGAUUUUGAUCACGUCUUACUCCCCCUGUCCCCCUACUCGAGUUACUGACGCUGUGUUUGUUUGUUUCUAACACAGAAGGGUUAGUUUAACAGCGACAGGAUCAUUGAAUCAGUGAGUUUAACUCAAGAACCAAACCAGAUCUAUUCAUAUAUUAAUCAUUUAUACCCAUUUUGGGAUUUAACAACUCAUUUGGGAAAACUCACCUGGAAAUACAUUCUUAUGAUUUAGAGAAUUUCUAUUUGACGUCAUUUAAAAUGGUUUCAUAAAGGUGAACCUCCGAAUCCUAACACAAUACAGGGAACAUAAUGUUGUGUUUCCUGUAUUGCUAUAAACUUCCUAAGGAUGAGCGUGCACUCGGCACAGACUGAGGAGAUUGGUUUAAUUUUAGAUUGUUGUGAUUAUUACUAAACUCAUCCAGUAGAGUUGUGCUGAACCGCCUCCUGUAUGAUGAGGAUCGUUUUAAAACAAAAACCCACUUUAGUGUAAAUGUGUAAACCUCUUAAUCUUAAUUCCUGUUCUGUUCUCUACUCUUACAAAACAUCCUUGAGUUUAAACUCUCACACACAUAAUAAACUUUUAAUAAUAAUAGAUUUCA